ACUGGUUAUGUGUAUGUAGUCUACAAGAAGCACCUUUUAGUCCGUUUCAAACCUGGGAUCUGUUGACAGAAAAGAGAGAAACAAACACRGUCAAGACUAGAUUCUGGUGGUAGGCUGCACAAGAAGGCUGGCCAUGGUUGGAAGGGGAUUCCUGGGUUGCUUCAUCCUGUGUCUGUCUCUGGCAUCAGUAUGCGCUAUAAAAGGAACCCUUAAUUCAAUAGAUGAUCUCAGGGACAAAGAGUUUGGUCACACCUCUCCUCGGCACGGCCUCAUGCUGCUCCACUGGCUAGCCAACAACAUUCACAUUGACAACAACGGCAACAUGAGACUCAAUUUCAACCCAGCCAGGGGAGACUAUGGCAUUCAUUUCUAUGGAAACGCUGAUAAUCCCCAUCCAUUACCUAUUCUGUCCAGUCGCCAUGAAAGAUACUACUCACUAGGGAAUAUUUAUCGCAAUACCAGGAACAAUGGCGCUAUGGCACUUCCUGUUUAUGUAACUCAAAUAUUUGAGAACAACAGGGACAGGGUCGUACUCAGAGUUAGGGAGGAAGAGUCCAAUCAGCACAUUGUGGACGAGGUCUAUGUCACACAGCACUAUCCACGAAAUGGAAACAGAGGAACAAGCUAUGAUCCAAUCAAGACAUACCGUGUCAAUGUCAGCCUCCUUAGACAAAUCCAAAAUCUAUCAAACAUUAACCUAAAUGAUAUUCCACAAACAUAUCAUGUAGAGAUCAACCACAACAGUCUGCAAGAACUGGAAAAAAUCUGGGGGGGGGGGGCACCUGGUCUGGUACUUCUUCUGGCUCUUGUAUUGUACUUUACACGUCCCAAUAUCUUAUUUAAGGAGCAAGCUCUUCGUUUAACAUCUCAACCCCAGAGUGGCAUGGAUAACCCCAGAGGGGAGGACCAUAAAUCAUUGAUUAAGCUUGAGGUGAAAACCACAGAUAGAGGAAAAGCCAGGAUCAUCUGGAGUGGGAUCCCCAAGAGGCUAUUAGACCAGGGUGUAAUGUGGUUCUUCAUCAGGAACAAUAACAGUGACAGUCAGGCUCACAAGAAGGCCAGAUUCAUACUGGAGAAAUCUGGGGGUGAAAAGGCACGCAGUCCACCCUGGGAGAGACUUGUCCAGGGGUGA